UUGUUUUUCAGAAAAAAAAAGAAAAAGUAGAUGCCAUGCUUUGAGAGCCUACCAUUCUCAAUUUUAUAGAAGCUCUAACGUUAAGAAAAUCCUCAGUUUGCUUUUAAAUAAAUAAAUACGAUUGAAAAUCCAUAAAAGACAGCAAAAACUGAGGCAACCACGCAAUUAGGCGAAAGGUUGUUUGUUCCCAAUCCCAACGGUCAUUUCCGCGGAAAAAACUCAUCACUUGGAGAAAAUGACUGAGUCCACUCAAAACAGUCCUCCAAAGCCAAGACCCCAAGAAGUAACCAUUCCCACCAUCCCAAUCGAGUACGUGAGUGACGAAGACAUGGCUAUCAUCGAAGCAGCCUAUGCAGCAACUCGUUCCUCCCUCUCCUCCUCCAUUUCUUCUUCAAUUUGUUCAACCAGCUCUCGCUUUCAAACCAAUACGAGGUCAAUCCAGUCGAUUACCCUCCUGUCUAAACGGGGCUUAAAUGGUUCCAGUGAGCUGGAUAUAGAAGAUUCCGGCCAUUUAAAGAAUACCCAGAAGAGAAGUAGAGUGGCUCAGCCAUUUUUGCAUCGGUUUAGAAGGAAAAGGGGGUUGUCGGUUACUGAUAUUACUGACACGGAAUGGUGUGAAAAGCAAAUGGAAUUUACCCUCCGCUUUGGCAAACGAAAAAUCAGUAAAGCUAUGAAAGCUGGUCGGGCUCGCCAUGUGAAACUGGAAGAAGAGGUUUUUAAAAAAUUAAAAGUUCGUGUUCAAUCAGUUGAAGAUACCUGGGCCUUAAAGUUUAUUGAUUUCAUAACUGGUGCAAAUCAAUUACUGUUUGAAGGACUAACACGUGAGCUACCGCUAAUAGGUUUUGUGGAAGGUGUAUGGGUGGUAGGAGUUAUUGAUGAGGUCCGAAUGACUGAAAAUGGAAGUGAUAGAAACUCAAUAUUAGUAGACACAAAGACUCGUGCACGACACUCUCUUCCUGCCGAACCACAAAGGAGAAAAGGAAGGCUUCAAUUAAUGUGCUACAAGUAUUUGUGGGACACCUUGGUUGCCGAUAGUUUUCCUUCCAGACUGUUUUUUGAUUUCUUUUCAUUGAACCAUAACUCUAUAUUAUCUGAGAACAUCAGAGAGAAAGCUGCUAAUUCAGGUUUUCCAGCUAAGACACUUAAUGACAUGAUUGGAUACUACAGAAAUACAUAUCGCAUGCUUCCCCCUGCUCAGGACCAGCUACUAUUGAGGUAUGAACUACAAAAAGAUCAGUCAGUGCUCGGUGAAGAUCAAUUUGCAUAUGAUCCUGACUGGCUCAAAAAACAAAUUCGAGGCAGUCUUGAAUUUUGGUUAGGUGAGCGAGAUGCCAGUUACACCCCUGAGGAAGAGCGUUGGAAAUGUCGGCAUUGUCAAUUCCGUUCAAUUUGCCCUGGAAACCCCAAUCCUAAUAGUCCACGUAGCUCCUCGAGCUCUGAUGAUAGCAGUCCUUCAAGCUAAAGAAAGAACACUGACCUUCCUCUAUGAUAUUCUCUCAGAGUUCCUUCAUAAAUGUGAUGAUAUUGUCUUCUGAAAAAGAAGUGCAAGAUUUAUAGAUGCUUUUUUGCAAUUUUUAUUUUGUCUGCAACCGUUCACUGGAUGCAUCUAUUUGCAAGAUUUGCUGUAAAAUUUGCUUGGAUGCAUGUGUUGUAGGCCUUGGUGAAUAAUUGUUGUAAACUA